AUGGGUCGUUUGCAUUCUCUAGAGCUUAGUAAUUUCAAAUCUUAUAAAGAUAAGCACAUUAUUGGGCCAUUCAGUCGUUUCACUGCCAUUAUUGGGCCAAAUGGUUCAGGUAAAUCAAACCUUAUGGAUGCAAUUUGCUUUGUACUUGGAGAAAAGGCGAGUAACCUUCGAGUCAGAAGGCUAACUGAUUUAAUUCAUGGAGCGCCUAUAGGAAAGCCCGCAGCACAUAAGUGCUAUGUUACUAUGAAUUAUGAGGACGAUUCUGAUAAUAUGCGUUCUUUUACUCGUUGUGUAAUUGGUGCUAGUUCUGAGUAUCGGGUCGAUGGAAAGGUUGUUACACCGCAACAGUAUAGUCAUGAACUUGAAGGCAUUAAUAUCUUCAUUAAGGCUAAAAACUUUCUCGUUUAUCAAGGUCAAGUAGAACAGAUUGCUAUGCGUACGCCGAAGGAAAGAACUCAACUUUUUGAAGAAAUUUCCAGAUCUUGUGAGUUUCAAAAUGAAUAUGAUCGUUUGAAAACUGAAUUAAUGAAGGCUGAAGAGGACGCUGCGAUGAAUUUAAACAAAAGGCGUGGAAUCGCGCUGGAAAAGCGAGAGGCGAAGAUGGAAAAAGACGAAGCAGAAAGAUAUCAGCUUAUGAAAGAUGAACUUGUAGCUAAACAACAGAAAAUGUUCCUACUGCAACUGUACCAUACAGAGAAGAGUGCUGAUAAUGCAGCAGAGGAAUUGAGGAGGAAAAAAGAAAUUGUGGAAGAGCUGAUUAAGAAGAAGGAAGAAAGUGAUGAAGCUGUAACAAAUAAACAAAAGGAAUUCAAGAAGUUGCAAAAAGAGUUGCACAGGCUGGAACAAAAAACUCUAGAGCAGGAAAGAGAAGUGACAGCUCAGAAACCUCGCUAUGUAACAGCCAGAAGAGAAGUGGUUCAUGUGAAAACAAAGUUGGAGACAGCAAUAAAGAUGCAUGCAGCAGCAAAAAAAUCUGCAGAAGCGCAUGAAAAAAGUGUCAAUUUGUUGAAAGAAAAAUAUGAAGAGGUGGAGAAACAGAAGUCGGAGUGUGAAACAAACCUUUCUGCUGAAUCUCAACAGCGUCAAAUGCAGUUAAGCGACUCUCAGAUGAACGAGUAUUAUACUCUAAAAGAAGAGGCGACGAAGCGAUGUGCUGCAGUGGAAAUGGAAUUAGAGAGAUUAGUUCAGGCCCGUAUAACUGACAACAACGCUUUGCAGUGCGAACGUCGUCGUUUAGUUCAAGCAAAAGAGAGAGUGAAAAAUAAAGAAUAUGAGAUCGAACAGAAUGUAAAACGGCUGGACGUUUUAUCUGACACAAUUACCUCGCAAGCAAACUUGCUUGAAGAGGAGAAAAAUAGCCUGUUUCAGCUUGAGCACCAGGUCUGCGAGUCGAAGGAGAAACUUGAAAAGGUUACUUCGGAGUUGGCAGAAGUAUCUAGGCAGUUGCAAGACGCCCAUGGUGAUACUGCAGAAUCCGAGCGUAACAGGAAGAAAAACGAGGCUAUUGAAAACCUAAAACGUGUUUUCCCCGACAAAGUUUAUGGAAGGCUGGUUGAUUUGUGUCAGCCAUCACAUAGGCGUUUUCAAAUUGCUAUCACUAAAGUCUUGGCGAGUAACAUGAUGUCGGUCGUUUGUGAUACCGAUGAAACUGCUCGGGAAUGUAUCGUUUACCUCAAAGAACAGCGUCUUGCACCUGAAACAUUUUUACCACUUUCGUUGUUAGAAGUUCAUCCUAUCAACGAAAAAUUACGGGAGCUCACUGAACCUCGUGGAGUAAAAUUGCUGUUCGAUGUAAUACAGUGUAAUGUACCGGUUGCCAGGAAAGCGUUACAAUUUGCUUGCGGCAACACUCUUGUCUGUGAGACAUCUGAGGACGCUAGAUAUCUUGCAUAUGGGAGUGCUUCCGAUCGUUACAAGGCCAUCGCUCUUGAUGGCACACUUUUCCAGCAGAACGGAGUGAUUUCAGGUGGAGGACAAGAUUUAAAAGCUAGAGCUCGGAAGUGGGAUGAGAAUACAGUCAAGAAGUUGAAAGAACGGAAAGCAGCAUUGUAUACUGAAAGUCAGCAGUUGCAUCGGACACGGAAGAGAGAACUGGAAGUGGAAAUGAAGAGACAUCAACUAAGCCAGAUCGAGAAUCGUAUAAAAUGUUCUAAGAAUGAACGGUCAAGGAUUGAGACACAAGCCUUGCAUCGUUUAGAGAACGAAUUAGAAGCCUUGAAAGCUGAAGUUGCAAUGAUUCAGCCAAAGAUUGAAGAGUUGGAGCAGAGGAUAGAAGAAAAAGAUGCAGAAAUUGAGCAGACGGAACAAAAAAAGGAUUCUGUGAUGAACGAAGUCUUUCAUGAUUUCUGUCUGCGUACAAAUAUCAAAGACAUACGCCAGUAUGAGCAGCGGGAGGUAAGGUUUCAUGCUGAAAAACAGGAGCAAUUAAAGAAAUUUGACAAUGAGUUGGAUCGGUUGCGUAACGAGUUGGAGUAUUUGAAAUCUGAAGACAAACGUGUGAAGGAGAAGAUAGAGGAAGAGAAGGUUGAACGGUUAACUAAACAUUUGGAAGAGUUGAAAAAAAAGGAAGAUUCUGAGAAGAAGGUCACAAAUGCUGAAAAAGUUGUCAUUACACUGGAGGAAACAAUCUUACAAAAGCAAAAUGAAAGACACUCGCUUCUUCAUUCCUGUAAAAUGAGUGGUCUUACACUACCUCUUUUAAAAGGAUCUUUAGCAGACGUAGAUGCGGAUGAGCCUUUGCCUUCUACAAAAAUUUUUUUAGGUGCUGAGGAACAACAUUCGCAAUCUGCUACUCAAGAGCAGAUGGAUCGUGAGGCCAAAAUCAAGAUCAACUUUAAAUCUCUUCCAAAUAGCUUAAAAGAGGAAAUUGCUGAGUCUCAAGCUACAAUUUCAAGGAUGCACGCUCCAGUACAUGCCAGAGCUAAUGAAAGGAUGGAAAUCGUAAAGGAGAAGGAAGCAGAGACAACGGAAGAGUGCGAGAUCGCCCGUCGGAAAGCUAGAAAAGCUCGACAGUUAUUUGAAAAAAUAAAAACUGAGCGCUACAGACGUUUUCAAGAAUAUUUUGAACCCGUUUCUCAAAAGAUUGAUGAGAUCUACAAGCAACUGAGUAGGAAUGAGAGUGCUCAGGCUUUCCUUGGGGCCGAUAAUAUGGAAGAACCGUAUUUGGAAGGUAUUGCUUAUAACUGUGUAGCGCCAGGAAAACGCUUCCGGCCUAUGGAUAAUCUUAGUGGAGGUGAAAAAACAGUUGCGGCUCUCGCUCUUUUAUUCGCCAUUCAUUCUCGUCAUCCUUCACCUUUUUUUAUUCUUGAUGAGAUUGAUGCGGCUCUCGACAAUACCAAUAUUGGGAAGGUUGCUAAUUUUAUAUGCGAACGAGCCAGACUUGAUAUGCAGUUAAUAGUUAUAUCACUGAAAGAGGAGUUUUAUAACAAAGCAGAUGCGCUAGUUGGCAUCUACCCACAGCCUUCGAACUGUACGACUUCUGGAGUCCUCACAUUUGAUCUCACACCUUUUAAACAAUCAACCGCAGAAGCCAUGGAAACAGAGUAA